AUGGGUAGUAUACGUGGUCUAACUCGAAAGCAGAGGCAGAAAGAGCACCACAUGAGCAAACUGCCAACACCCAUUCAUCUCCCCUUUUGGCCAUUCUCACUGACGCCUAAUCUUCCUUUGGCUGUUCACUUUGCGGAGGAGACUUUCGCUCGUAUUUGCCUGAUCCAGCAUGUUGAUCACUUGAAUCUUUACCGACUUCCUGGAAAAUUGCAGAAGAAAAUGAAAGAUAAGCCUCGCUCUGUCUUACAGCUUGCACGCAUUCAACCUCUUCGCGGUAACUACAUAGUAACUAGCGCUAUAUCUCCUUGUGGAAAAUUCCUUGCUUACUCAGAUGAUGUGAGAUCGCGGGUUCUUAUAAUUGAGAAAUCGGUUGUUCGCGGUCACCAUCGUACACGUCUGGCAAAACAGGUAUCAGGUGACUUGAACGGUCAAAUCUACUUGCUAUUUUAG